AUGGAUCAUAUUCCUACUGCUAAAAAGCCCAAGAAUGAUUGCAAUGGAGAGUCAAACCAAUCUCCAGACAAGCGUAAACAAGUCGAUGCUCAUGUCCAAGCAUUUCUCAAGGCUGUCCUUGAGCAUGCUCACAGUGGUGCUGCCCAAAAAACGGAUAAACCAGCAAUUAAAAAGAAACCUGUUAUUAAAAAAGAUGCCUCCACGCAAACUGAGGCGUCUACAGAGUUUGACUACGAGUCAUAUUCGUAUUAUCCAGAUGAAGCUCCGUUGAAUGAUUUAGAAUGUGACAAAAGUGAACAGACUUCUAAUUUCCACCACAAUAUUAGUCGAGUACCUAAUCGAGAAAUGUACAGUCAAGAAGCGCUAAAUUUACUUUCUCAACAAAAUAUUUAUACAGAUCAAGCACAAGAAGAACUAUUUACAAGUGAUGAUGCACAUUACUAUUCUACUGAAAGCCAUCUUGACUGUCCAGAUCAAAAUCUUAAUCCUAAGAGCAGUCGUAUCUCCUCGAGUAAAAUGAAACGAGCCAUGAACGAAUGGGUAAAAAAAUAUGAAGACUGGUUUUUUCAGAACUUUGGGAUGGAUGUGCGAACUGCUUCGCAUUCAUUUGUACCCCAGUCUGGAACUGAGUUCACUCAACAGAAUCCAGAAACUGUUAUUGGCGCUGCCCAAACAUUAACGUGCACAGUUCCACCUAUCUCUCAAGUGCAAAAUAAUUGCGUUGUGUCACACGCACCUGUUAGUUACAUUGUCCCAGAAGGUUCGUUGUGUACACUCGAUGAUCGAUUUUCACCCUAUUAUUCACUUGUCCCUUCGUUUUAUAUUGCCCCAGCCUUUAGUAACACUCAAUUCGGUCUACACCCUGGUGCAACAUCUUUUGAUUUUGGCGCUAGACCCUUCUUCUAUCCUAUUCCUUUAAGCCUACCUACAUUCGUCCCCGCUACUAUCUGCACACCUAUAUCUAAUACUGUGAUCCCCUUCACACAGGAUGUUCAUCACCAAUCAUUUGCCUCUAUGAUCCCGAUUCAACCGAAUUUAGCCACCCCAGUGACAACUCCCAUUGUAACAAACUCUGUGAACACACCUAUUUCUGUAACUCCAAAUCACCAGCCUACUCAGAGCAUAACUUCUUUCGCAGAUCUACCCAGUGAAUUGCAAACCUCUGCUAUGCUUGCUACUUUAGCCCUUCCGGUUGGUAAUAAUCAAAAUAACUUGGGUCAAUGGGGGCCACAACUAAAAUAUGGCACAUAUGGUCGGUUACCAUCUCCCCUUGAUCUAGAAGCCUUUAAUGUACAAAAGCAAUCCUCUGAAACAUUACGAAAUCAGACAAGCCAAGUAUUCGGUUCAUCUUCUGAUGUAUUGGUAAACAAAUCUCCUGCUGGGGCAUCAGCAAAAAUGCCUCCCCCACCUCCUACCUUCAUUCUUCUUCGAAGACAAGCUAUGAUUUGUGCUUUGCAACUAUCAUGUCGGGAGCGUGGACAUGAAUUAUUUCUUCGUGAGAAAGAAAGUUUCAGUGGUUUACCGAUUGAUUUUGUAAAGGAACUCUCACAAGUAGUUGACUGCAGUAUUGGUCUUUCACCGACGUAUAUAUUCACUCGAAUUUCUGAUCUCUUUCCAAAAGAACGUUCAUUUUUCAUCAAAUCAGAAGCUCAACAGUUAUCCAAUGGAAAUUAUUCAUUGAAUACUAUGCAUUCUACCGCUAAUGCUGUUGAUGUAUUUGACGUUAACCAAUUAUUUGCCUGUGAUCUGUUGAUUGGAGAUGUCCUGGUAGCCGAAUCACUUUCCGUUUCAAAAUCCCUAGCUCAAGUCUGUGCAGCACGACAGGCCUUCCAAAUUUUAUCACGUCCUUGCUUUCUUGUCGGAUCUAUACGUCAAUGGGAAGAAGUGGAAUAUUUGGUAUUAUGCUUAAGUCCUAAAGCAGAGAUAGUUCCUAAACUCCCGCCAUUCUUGAAAGAUCCUUUCGAGGUAAAUUAUGAAAAAUGUACACAGGAAUUGGAAGACGACAAUGCGGGGAACAGUACAACCGUCUUUAGUCCUAAGCCUUUUGAAGAUAUGUGGAUCUAUCUAGCUCGACUUCCGAAGGAAGCAUUAAAUGAUCAGAUGUAUACAGAAUUAAUUUUGGCACAGUCUGCUGAAUUCAGUCAAAUGGUAAUCAAUCUUGAAUAUGAAGUACAAACUAUCACCGGUCAAAUGAUAUGCACUGUCCUCAUAGACAGUCAACGGUGUCUAACAGUUGAAGGUGAAAGUCUACAAAGUGCACAACAAUUGGCAAUUCGUAGCCUGAUGGAUAAAUUAUGCACAACACAACCUGUAGUUGGUUUAUUAUCCUCCUCAUCGUCGCUUUUAUCACGGGAAGAGGGAUUUGAAGAUGCCGUUCUACCUCUUUGGGGUAUACCAGAAUAUCUUAUGGUUGAAACACUUAUGUGGGGAAAAGAAGAACUCAACUGUCCAAUACAUUUUGAACAAUUAGAAGCUCACUGUGAUAUUCCAGAUUUGUCUUCACCUUCUCACAACAAUGAUGUUGAUGGUAAUGAACCCGAUAACAGAUAUCAAAAUGGUGAAGUCCACAACAAUGGUCGAUUCACUUCAUCUACUGUAAUCGAAAAUUAUCUUCAAGCCUAUGCUGCUUCAGCAUUAGUAUCUCCCGUCCUCAUCUCUUCUCAUAUUGUUCCAAUCAAUCUAUGGCCAAUUGUACAAAAACAUGCUAAACGUUGGGGUUUAUUGAGUCGGUUAGAAAAGAAGCCAAAUCUAAAUCAUCUAAUUGUCUGUAAACGUGUUCCACUGCCUCGACUGAAAAGAACCCUAUAUGAUGAUCAACAAUACGGAUGUUUUUGUCUUCUCGACCGUGGCAAUCUCGCCUCGGACACUUUGAAGCGUUUAGCCCAACAUAAUCCAUUGACUUUUCAUAAUAUUGCAUCUGAUCCAGUCACUGAUUAUGAUGAUGACGGUGAACAUCGUAUGCCUAGACCACUUAGUCAGCCCACUACUACUCCUUCGUCAAAUAUUCUAGCCUAUUCCUCAUCUCCUCUGCGUACAUUUAACCCCAGUGAUCCGUAUAUUGAUGAACCUGUGACUCGUUUAGCACGUGAAUUUAUAUCACGGUACAAGUCACGCGUAAAAGCCGAGGCCAAUGACGAAGAAGAUGAACAGCAACAACGGAGCGGUUCCCAUUCAAUCACUGAUGAUUGUAUGUUUCUGACAGCAGAGCUUAAUCAACCAUCGAAUGCUAUUGAAAUCUUAGACGAUCUACCGAAAACCCUGAUACCGGGUAUAGAUUUCUAGUUUUGUUACGAAUGUUGAUACUUUUCGUUUUUUCUUUUGUUUUUUGGUUCCUCAGCCUUAUUUUUUAUUUAAUCAGUCAGUCAAUAUGCGUAUAGUGUGGGUUCUUUCUUACCUGAAUAUAUGAUGAUUAAAACAAAAGUUUUUGAAAAAAAAGCAAAAACGAAGAGCAUUUUCGCUAUCAAGCAUUUAUAUAUAUACAAGCAUAUAUAUAUUCUUAAAGGCGACCAUUUUGUUUAUUUUCUAGUUUCUUGUUUUUGAUUUGUUAUCUUCCCCUCCCCACCCCGUUUUGUUAUUUUUUGUUUCUGUAUAUUUCUUAAUUUCUUGGGUUUAUACUAUUUUGAUUCAAAUGGUUUCUUCACACAUACAUACAUGCAUACAGACAUUCGUUUAACUUUUGUAAUUAUAUAUUCGAUUUGUACUAACAGUGUUAUUGAAUGAAAUAAUCUCAAUUUCAAGAAGGGAGAAUUAUUACUCAUUGAUGUCAAGAGUUGAUGUUGAUUAUGCUCGGUCUCUGUUCACAUGUUGGCUGCUGAAAACAGAUUUCCCCCCCCUCCACCUUGGACAAUGAUGUCCAUUAUUAUUAUAUUAUUAUUGUUCCCUUGGG